AUUCGAAAAUGUAAUAUAGCAUAGACAAAACUGGCUUAAUUAGUCAUCUUUUGGCAUCAAAAAUUAAAAUAUAAAAAAUUAUUUUACCUUCUGUGACUGUAAUAUUUAUAUUUAUCUUAUUGGGGGUAGCUUCUUUAGAAAUAUCAAGUCGGCAAAUUUCUUUAAGCCAUCUAGUUCGUUUCAGUGAAUUGUGAAAUCAAUAUGAUUAACCUUUUUAUGCCCUUUAGGGCUUUUUUUAAAUUUGAAAAUGUUUGCACAGACAACAAUAUAUUCCGUAUGCAUUACAAAAUAACUGUACUUAUGUUGCUGGUGUUUGCGUUACUAGUCAGUACAAAGCAAUUUUUCGGGGAGCCCAUACAUUGUAUGAGUGAUGGUGAAAAUGAUGCCGACGCCGAUGCAGUCAACAGCUACUGUUGGAUAUAUGGGACCUACACGCUGAGGAGUAGGCUUGUUGGUAAAGAAGGGAAAAAUAUUGCUUACUUUGGAGUGGGGCCUCCUACCGAAAAUGAUCAACAGAUCAAGCACACUUACUACCAGUGGGUUUGCUUUGUGCUCCUUGGUCAGGCAAUGAUGUUCUACAUCCCUCGUUACCUGUGGAGAGUCUGGGAAGGUGGGCGCCUGAAGGCACUUGCUGCAAAUUUAAACAGUCCAAUUGUGCCCAAGGAGUGGUCAGAGAACCGUCGCAGGGAGUUGAUUUCUUACCUGGCCAAUACAAAUAUCUUCAGCCACAGUGCAUACGCCCUCCGUUAUGCAUUUUGUGAAAUUCUCAACCUUAUCAAUGUGGUUGGUCAAAUAUUCUUGCUGGAUAUAUUUCUGGGUGGUGCGUUUCGCAAUUAUGGCGCCGCAGUAGCAGUAUUCACGCAUAUGCCUCGUGUACCUGAUAACAUGAUUGAUUUCGACGUCGUCAACCCCAUGGAUCAAUUCUUCCCUAAACUAACAAAAUGCUGGCUGAGGAAAUACGGACCGAGUGGGACUUUACAGCUUAGAGAUAGACUAUGUGUACUCCCGCUGAACAUCGUUAAUGAAAAGAUAUUCGUUGUACUGUGGUUUUGGUUGAUACUACUGGCCUUUGUGUCAGCAUUAGCGGUACUGUUUCGCUUGCUUGUCUUCACUCUAGCUCCACUACGCACAAUGAUGGUAAUGGGCCAAAUUAAAUACACCAAGAGAAGUAUAGUUUCAAAGUUAAUUAAGCGUUUCGGGUAUGGCGAUUGGUUUAUCCUGUAUUUGCUAGGCAAAAAUAUGAACCCAAUUAUGUAUAAAGAUUUGAUUAUAGAAAUUUCAAAGGAGUUUGAACGUAAAACCUUUGUGGUUUAA